UGCAGACGUCGGAGCGAUGAGCUCAUUUCCGACUCUAACCUAACGUUGACGAGCUUUCUUCAUCACUUGGAUUCACAAAAAGCUGUUUUUAUUUAGUUUAAUGUAAUCCUGUGAUUCUUUGAUAGAAGAUAAAGGAGGCGUUUAUCACCGUUCUAGUCAUGUCGGCGGCGGACUUGGAUCUGUCACCGCCGGAGGUUCCCGAGCCCACUUUCUUUGAGAGUCUUCUCCGUUAUGGACUCCUGCUCGGGGCUAUCUUCCAGCUAGUCUGCAUCUUGGCUGUGAUAAUGCCCUUCAACAAGAGCUACGAACAGGAGGAAUCUGCAGAGAAAAGUGAAAUGAAAGCAGGAGACCAAAGCAAGAAGGCCAAGGGGCCUGUUCCUCAAGCCCGUCAGAAACCCAAGAAAGAGAGUAAAAAGAAGAGAUAAGUGUGCGUGGGUGUGUCGGUGCACACACACACUGUGUGAGUGGGUGUGUCUGUGAGUGUGAACACACUAGGGGGCUUCGACUUGAUGUAGCCGCCUGCAACCGUCUUAAGAUGGUUACGUGACGUGAUUAUGUCUGAGAUUCUCAUACGUUUUGAACCAUGAUGUACAGUAUGCACAAUUCAGGUUUGAAAACGUAUCAGAAUUUCAGAAAUAAUCACUUUAUGCUGUCAGUUUAAGACAGCUGCAAGCGGCUACAUCGGAGUCGAAUCCCCCCUACUGUGUAUGUGUGUGCGCAUGUGUGUGUAUUUAUGGUCCUGCAGUUAGACAGGCUUGGAAAUGCAGCAGUUUUUGCAUUAAUCGUUGAUCUAAAUACCUCCAUGACGAGGCGCGCUGCAGCUCUGGCAUCAACCAAUGCGGUGCCAUUUUAUAGUACGAAUUAUAUGAAUGACCACUGAGGAAUACUUCUUCAGUGCAAAUGUGUGUACUGUGGUGCUUUCAGCUACAGGCAACACUCUUGGUUAACACUACCAGUGAUGCAUAAUUACACCGUGACAUAUAACUUAUCUGUGACUGGUGGACAUGUCAGGCUAACGAACAUAGAAACUAUUGUUGUUUAAAUGCUGACAAAAACGACAGAGUUGAUGUGUGAGCAAAUCUUGACAGUAUGGGAUGCAACAUGUCUUUUAACACAGACAUCAUGUUUUUUUUGUCUUGUUUCGUGUGUGUGUGUUUUUUAUACAUUUGUAUUAAUCUCUUGGGAUAUCAUGAGGGUGUUUGGGCCACUGCUUAAGUUGCACAUAUGGUGUGCGCCGUCAGUUGGGCCUGUGUUGUUAAAUCCAAAUUGACCACUACAUGUAAUAAAGUAUUGUUCAUCAAUGUAAAAUCCUGUUGAUGUGUGAUCAUCUCUUCUGAUUGAAUGUAUUUAAUGUUAAUGUGGUAUGAUCUAAUAGAUCAAUCUAAAAAUGACUCAUAA